UCCUGAAACCAGCACCAGUGAGCUCAGUAUAAUCCUCCACCAACAUCAUUCCUGUUGCUAUACAACUGAUUUAUUCUUGAUGCCACGGUCAACGGGUCUAAUCCACAGCAGACUGCGCCUUUUCCCUCCGCUGUCCACAGCUGAAUCCAUCCAACUUGUCGGCUUUGGACCACAGUUUGGGGGUUUUUUUCCUCUCAAAUUUCUGGACUUGGUCGGUUUUCCUGCGUCUUUUCUGCCACUUAACCCAGAUUGAACAACUGUCGACUCGGUGUUUAAGAUGUAUUUUAUAGCCUCCCAAAGACGCGCUCUGCUCAGUGUCAUCCUCCCGCAGCUACAGGCUUGAGCGCGUCCAUUCAAGGGCUUUGUAAGGUGGGAUAGAAAUAUGCAUUAUCAGGCUGAUGUUGUGCGGUAACAGAGGCAGAGAGAGGUUGGUGCACACCUUCUGGAGCUACUCAAAUCUCCGACAGGUGUGCGGCCGUGCGCAAAGCGGGUCUGACUGCGGCGCAAAGUGCGUAUAUUCUCCGUGAAGACGGGCGUCCUGGGUGCGUGUCCAACUAUUUGGACCAAACGCCGAGUGCGUCUAACAUGUGGACCUGCAACAGAGAGCCCUAAAACAUGAGGAGAAGCCGACACCGCGCAAAUAUGGGACUUCUCGUGCUUUUCAGAUGGCUUGUGUUCACAGUGGUGGUGCCCGUCUGGCUGCUUGCUGCUCCGAGUGGCAUCCGUGAGCGUCCCUGCCCCCAGAGCUGUAGAUGUGAUGGGAAAAUAAUAUACUGCGAAUCCAAUGCCUUCCGCGACGUGCCAAGCAAUGUGUCUGUAGGCACGCAGGGCCUCUCCCUGCGUUACAACAGCCUGGCCAACCUCAGAGCCCACCAGUUCGCAGGCCUGAGUCAACUCGUGUGGCUCUACCUCGACCACAAUUACAUCAACGCCGUGGACGGUCAGGCUUUCCAUGGUAUACGGAGGCUCAAAGAACUGAUCCUCAGCUCCAAUAAGAUCACACAGCUGAAAAACAACACUUUCCACGAUGUUCCCAAUCUGCGUAAUCUCGACCUUUCCUACAAUAAGCUGCAGUUUCUCCAGCCAAAUCAGUUCCUGGGUCUACGGAAACUCCUCAGUUUACACUUGAGGUCAAACUCCUUGAAAACAGUCCCGAUGCGAGUUUUCCUCGACUGUCGCAACCUGGAGUUUCUCGAUAUUGGCUACAACAGGCUACGGAGCCUCACACGUAACGCCUUUGCGGGACUCCUUAAGCUAAUCGAGCUUCACCUGGAGCACAACCAGUUCUCAAAGAUUAACUUUGCUCAUUUCCCCCGUCUGACCAACCUGAGGGCGCUCUAUCUGCAGUGGAACCGUAUCAAACUGCUGACCCAGGGCCUGCCGUGGAUGUGGACUUCCUUGCAAAAGCUGGACCUCUCAGGAAAUGAGCUCCAGGUGCUGGACCCGAGUACCUUUCAAUGCCUCCCCAACCUGCAGACUCUUAACCUGGACUCCAACAAGCUCAGCAAUGUGUCCCAGCAGGCGGUGGAGGCUUGGAUCUCCCUCACCAGCAUCAGUCUGGCGGGUAAUCUGUGGUUCUGUAACCCCAACAUAUGUCCCCUGGUGGCCUGGCUGCAGGCCUUUAAGGGCAACAAGGAGUCCACUAUGAUUUGUGCCGGCCCGAAGGAGGCACAAGGAGAGAAGGUGACAGAUGUGGUGGAGACUUAUAACAUCUGUAGAGCAACACCCACCCCCAUCCCCUCAACGACAUCGCCCCUCACUCCCGUGUUUCAUCCCGAGCUGCAGCCUCUUCCCACACAGCCCGUGGUGGAUAAGAAGCUAAUCUGGAACAGGACAGCCUCCCCUACUCCUUCCGAGGCCUCCCCCACCAUCCCCCUGCCCGACACUGAGUAUGUGUCCUUCCACAAGAUCAUAGCCGGUAGCGUGGCCCUCCUCUUAUCUGUGGCUAUAAUUCUACUGGUUAUCUACGUCUCAUGGAAGCGCUAUCCCAGCAGCAUCAAGCAGCUUCAGCAGCGCUCGGCGGUUAAAAAGCGUCAGAAAAAGGCACGGGAGACUGAGCGCUCCCUUAAUUCACCACUGCAAGAGUACUAUGUGGACUACAAGCCUUCACACUCAGAGACUAUGGAUGUGCUGGUUAAUGGGACAGGACCUUACACAUACACCAUCUCAGGCUCCAGGGAAUGCGAGAUACCGCGGCAGCUGAGUGCUCUGACGUUGUACCGGUGUGAGCAGUCGGUUCUGGAUUACUGCCACGCCCACCUGUCACUGCACCUCAACAUGGGCAUGGAGCCCCCAACUCAGGCGCUGGGAGGUCCGAGGCCAGCCAAGUACCACCCGGGCCUAACGGCUGCCCUCCCCUCCGAGCCUGCGCCGCCUUGCCCCCAGACCCACUCCCUCCACCAGUGAGCUGGGGACACCGUGAGGCUCUGUGUCCAAAUUACUAAACGUGGACCACUCAGAUGAAAAGGAAGGCUUGUGUGUGUGUGUGUGUGUGUGGGAGGGGAACUGAGGACUGGUUAAGAAGCAAAAGGAGACAAUUAAUCUACUGCAGAGCAUCCCGGACCCCGGGUAAUGAAAAUGGAAAAUAUUUCUCAGUGGAAAUAGAGGGGUGCAGCGGUAUUGAUUAGUGAGCUUCUGACCUGCCUGACCCUCAGUGUCCUCAAUUAGCAAAGGAGGCUGAACAGCAGCAUGACUUUCCACGUUCUCUGCCUCUCGAGGGGGUAUUAAGGCUAAUAAUUUAAUGAUUUGUUAAUCUUAUUAAAACAUAUUUCCUCGACUUCUCCUCAUCCGGGCACCUCUCUGCUGCGUCGGGUAAUCAGACGCCGUAAACAGGGCGGAGGGAAGAAGCAGCACGAUAAGCAACUGAGUAGCAGAACAAAUGAAAGAUCAGCCAAGCUCAAAGGUUUUCUGCUGCUUUUUUUUUUGAUCACGCUGUCAGUCAGAGUUCAUCGGUCUAUGGAAGCUCAUUUCCACCAGUGUGACGGGGAAAAGGGAUCCUGUAAGUCAUUAUAAUGAGAAACUGUCUCAAAAUAAUGACUUAACAUCUCACAAUAGUCACUAUUUUGAAAUAUUAAGUCAAAAUAUUGAGAAACAUUCUCAUUAUUUUUACAUAAUAAGUCAUUAUGAGAAACUGUCUAAAAAAAUGACUCAGAAUAAUUAUUAUUUUGAGAUACUAAGUCAUUUUAAUGAGAAACUAUCUCAAAAUUGUCAAUAUUUUACUAAUUCAAAAACUUUCAAAAAAUUGUUAUUAAAACAUUAUUUUUCAGAUAUAAAGUCAAAAUAUUGAGAACGUCCUAAUUAUUCUGAGAUAUUAACUAAAAAUAAUGAGAAAGUUUCUAAUUAUUCUGAGAUAUUAAGUCAUUAUUUUUGAGAUAUUAACUAAAAAUAUUGAGAAACUCAAUAUUCUGAGAUAUUAAGUCAUUCUUUUGAGAUAUUAAGUCAAUAUUUGGAGAAACUUUCUCACUAUAAUGACUUACAGAACCCCCCCCCCCCCACACACACACACAUUGGCGGGAAUGGGCUUCCACAGCGGUCUCUCUCUCUAACCGAGGUCCCCGUAGCGUUUUUCAUCUGAAGAAAUGAGCCCCAACAAAUGAGAUCACCCAACACGAGACACCGAAAAUAACGGACAAUAAUUGUCACAUAAAAUGUACAGCCUACACAUCUCGCCGGCAGUAAGUAUAAUUUACAUGGUGACUUUUGAUUUCCUGAAUGAUUUGUGAUGUUUAUCACGUUAUAAUUAAUUUAAUCCAUCAGAGAGAUAAACAGAUGAAAAAUAAACAGCACAGAUCUUUUGGUGCACCGGGAGUUAGAGAAUAUUUGCUUUUCGUCAUCCAUUUAAAUCACUCUUGUAGUUAAUGGGUUUCUUUUUUUGUUUUUAAAAAUGUGUUCUUCGACCAGUUAUCUGAUUGUGCACUCAUAUAUCUACAUGUGUGUGUGCUUUUUACAAGAUGUUACAUUAUAAUAUAUGGUAAAUAAACUGUGGUAAAUGACCGGUAACGGUGUCGUUCAUCGAGAUCAGUGAGAUCAACACAAACAACCGUCUGCUGUAUCGAGGCGGGCUGCGUAGGUGGUUGAAACAGAAGAGCGCCGAAGGCAACACUGACUGAUAUGUGUCUGGGUUUUUGCCUUAGUGAUUAAAACCCUGAUGGUAACUUCUUUUCA